AUGGUUCACGAUUGGGCUUUCACAGAUUCUCAUUAUAUAUUAUUUGGCAAUCGCAUCAAGCUUGACAUUCUUGGAGCAAUGUCAGCAAUUGGCGGAUAUACUCCAAUGGUAUCAGCAUUAUCAGUGAAUCAUAGUAACUCAACGUCUCCGAUAUAUUUGUUGCCUCGUUUACCUGAGCGUGCGCAGGGGAGGGAUUGGAAAGUGCCGAUUGAAGCUCCUUUGCAAAUGUGGAUGCUUCAUAUGGGGAAUGCAUCCGAAGAACGAGAUCACAAAGGCAAUAAACAAAUUCAAAUACAAGCAAGCGGUUGUUCUUACAAGUGGUUCAAUUUUCAAAAAAUGUUUGGAUAUGAUUGGCAAAGUGGUAAAGUAGACCCAUGGGGGAUGAAUGAGGACAAAGGAGAAAACAAAUUGUCGUCUCGUCUUAUCAAGGUUUCAAUUGAGUUAGAUGCAAUUGGAAACUGUGAAAAAUGUUGUGUGAGUAAUCUAAACGAUGAAUGGAAACAAGCAACUGAUUUCCCAGUUAUUAAUCAAGAAUUUGGUGGAAGCAACAAUACAUAUAUGUAUGCAGCAGCAACGUCGGGUGUUCGUCAAGAUUUGCCAUAUUUUCCAUUUGAUACAGUGGUGAAGUUCAACAAUGUGAAUAAUUCCAUCCAAACAUGGUCUGUUGGAUCUAGAAGAUUCAUUGGUGAGCCUAUGUUUGUCUCAAAAGGAAGUGCCGAAGAUGAUGGAUACAUCCUUGUUGUCGAGUAUGCAGUAUCAGAACAAAAGUCAUAUUUAGUAAUUUUGGAUGCCAAGAGGAUCGGGGAGACAAAUGCUAUGGUGGCAAGACUUGAAGUGCCUAAAUAUUUGAAUUUUCCGCUUGGAUUUCAUGGAGUUUGGGCCUCUAAGAAUUCUAAAACGUAAAUAAAGGCAUUACAAUAUUUUAUAUAUUUUAAAUGGAUAUAUGUAAAAGAUAGAAACCUAUUAUAAUUUAUUUGUGUAUUAUGGAAUCCUAACUUGACAAUUUCACACUAGAUUUUCUAAAGUAUAAUUAUUUCAUAGGGAAUAGUAAAAGUGGGAUUGGAUAAUAGGCAAAUUAGUC